GAUUCAAAAGAUUCGAGUCACUGAGAUGAAUCAAAAUCCCAAACUCCAAAAAGGCUGACAAACUCCACCCACCGGAAUUACAUAAACAGAGGUCGUCCAACUAGAAAGUCCACAUGGAAAAGACGAAUUCGACAACAGCUGAAAUAAACAGAAAAGUUAUUUCCAAUAGUGUUCGUCUAAAGAAAAACUUUCCCAAAUAUGUAAUGGUGUGCGAUUACUCAAGUACUUGACACCCCUGACAGAAAUCUUUCAGAGUCACAAUCUAGACUGACUUUCCAAAAUGUCUCGGGAGCAGCAGGCUGUUCAGCAGGCCAGGAAGGCUUUCUUGACUGGAAGAUCUAAACCACUGGACUACAGAAUUAAACAACUUCAAAACUUAAAGCAAUUCAUUAAAGAGAAAACAACAGACAUUGCCAAUGCCAUGAGAAAAGACCUCCAUAAGACUGCAAACGCAACACAGCUGUUUGAGAUCCUUGGCUUGGAGGGAGAAAUCAAUCUGGCUGUCAGCAAGCUGGCUGAGUGGGCAGCUCCUCGUCCUGUGAAUAAAAACCUUCUCACCAUUGCAGAUGAUGUGUACAUACAGCCAGAGCCUCUUGGUGUUGUGCUUAUCAUUGGAGCAUGGAACUAUCCAAUAGCAGUUACCCUGCAGCCCCUUGUGGGUGCCAUUGCUGCAGGUAAUGCUGCAGUUGUGAAACCUUCAGAAGUGAGCUCUCACACAGCCAAAGUUUUGGAGCUCCUGCCUCUCUACCUGGACCCUGAGAUGUAUCAAGUGGUGACAGGAGGGGUUCCAGAGACCCAGGAGCUGCUGAGGCAGCGUUUCGACCACAUCUUCUACACCGGGAGCAGCGCGGUGGGGAAACUGGUGAUGGAAGCAGCAGCUCAUCAUCUCACACCAGUUACUUUAGAACUGGGUGGAAAAAGCCCUUGUUAUAUUGACAAAAACUGUGACAUCAGAAUUGCCUGCCGCCGCAUCACUUGGGGGAAGUAUAUGAACUGCGGCCAGACCUGCAUUGCACCUGAUUACAUCCUCUGUGAAUCCAGCAUCCAAGACAAAGUGAUUAAUGAGAUCCAGAAAUGUAUCCAGGAGUUUUAUACGAAUGACCCCAAGAGCUUUGCAGACUAUGGACGAAUUAUUAACCAGCGGCAUUUUAAGAGGAUAAUGGCACUUACAGAGGACAGCACAGUGGCUAUUGGAGGAGACAGUGAUGAAUCAGAGUUUUAUAUUGCUCCUACUGUUUUGAGGGAUGUGACUCCAGGAUCUAAAGUGAUGCAGGAAGAGAUCUUUGGGCCAAUUCUACCCAUUGUAAUUGUUAAUGACUUAAAAGAAGCAAUUCAGUUCAUCAACGAACGAGAAAAGCCUCUGGCACUCUACGUUUUCUCUUCCAGUAAAAAGGUCAUUAAACAGAUGAUAUCAGAGACAUCUAGUGGAGCGCUUGUAGCCAAUGACUGUCUGGUGCAUUUCACCAUAAGUGAUUUGCCUUUUGGUGGGGUUGGGAAUAGUGGAACUGGUCGCUACCAUGGCAAAUACAGUUUCGAUCAGCUAAGUCACCUUCGCAGCUGUCUUAUUAAGAAGCUGAACAUGGAGGGAGUGAAUCAGAUGUGCUACCCACCCCAUACAACAGAGAAGUUACGAUGGGCCUGUGUUUUUCUCUUGAAGCAAGUUAAUCUGGUUCGGUGGCGUCAGAUGGCACAGGUUGCUACGCUUGCUGCACUGACAGCCUUUGUGGUGCAGAGGUUUUUGCGACGAUAAGGACAACCUGAAGUUUGUCUCUUUGGCCCAUCAUCCUCCAACAGAAGGCUGUUGAUGUGAUUUCUUGCAUAUUGAAGAUGUUAAUAUGUCCAGCACUCAUAGUUUGAAUCAGAUGAUAUAGAUUCUUUAUUGUUGCUCGGACUUCCGUUAACAAGUAAUAAUCAUAUGGUCUGAUAGAGAUCAUAGAACUCUUGGUAAUGUUUUAUAAAAGCUUUAAUUAAUUAGUCAAUAGCAAGCAUUAGAAAAUGAAGUAAAAACACAAAUAAGAGUCUAACCACCUGAAUUCUUUCAAAAUAAUUAAAGCUACAAUAAAUUACCCCAUGUUCUACUAUUAA